ACUACCCAAGAUGUGAACAGUUAUCAUGUGCAAACGGAGCAUGUUUUAAUGCAAGCCAGCGAUGUGAUGGCAAAGUCGAUUGCAGAGAUUCUUCUGAUGAAGCUAAUUGCACACAUGGAUGUACCAGUACGCAGUUUCAGUGUGCUAAUGGAGAAUGCAUCCCACGAGCAUUUAUCUGUGAUCAUGACGACGACUGUGGAGAUAGGAGUGAUGAAAACUCUUGCACUUACACAACUUGCAGAGGCAACUUCUUCACUUGCCCAAGUGGCCGUUGCAUUCAUCAGAGCUGGAUAUGUGAUGGAGAUGAUGAUUGUGAAGAUAAUGAAGAUGAAAGAGGAUGUGAAAGUGGUCGCCAGGAAUGCUACCCAGGAGAGUGGGCCUGCCCUGGGUCAGGGCAUUGCAUUCCAAUUGGGAAAGUGUGUGAUGGGGAUGCAGACUGCCCUGCAGGAGAAGAUGAAACUAACAUCACUGCGGGCAGACAUUGCAACAUAUCACGCUGUGCUGCUCUGAGUUGCCAGUAUCGCUGUCAUUCUUCUCCAUCAGGAGGGAUGUGUUAUUGCCCUGCAGGAUAUACAAUAAGUAGCAAUGACAGUCGUACUUGUAUUGAUUUUGAUGACUGCAAAAUGUGGGGUGUCUGUGACCAGCUGUGUGAAGAUCGUGUGGGACAUCACCAGUGCCGCUGUGUGGAAGGUUAUUUCCUAGAGCAUCAUCGGCAUUGUCGGGCCAACACUUCAGCUGGUGUUGCAUCAAUUAUUUUUUCCAAUGGCCGUGAUUUACUGAUUGGAGAUCUUCAUGGAAGAAGUUUUCGUACUUUGGUGCAGUCUCGGAAUCGUGGGGUUGCAGUUGGAGUGGACUUUCACUUUUACCUGCGCAGAAUCUUUUGGACUGAUACAGUGCAAGAUAAGGUUUUUUCUAUUAAUAUUGAUGGCUCUGAUUUCCAAGAAGUUUUAAAUGUUUCAGUUGACACACCUGAAAAUCUAGCAGUGGAUUGGGUUAACAAUAAACUAUAUGUGGUGGAGACCAGUGUGAACAGAAUAGAUAUGGUUAACUUGGAUGGAACAAACCGUGUGACCCUUAUUGCUGAAAAGCUUGGAAAUCCUAGAGGAAUAGCACUUGAUCCAACUGUUGGUUAUUUGUUUUUCUCAGACUGGGAUAGUCUGUCUGGUGAUCCUAAAGUGGAAAGGGCCUUCAUGGAUGGCACAAACCGUCAGGAUUUGAUAAAAACAAAAUUAGGCUGGCCUGCUGGAAUAACUCUGGAUAUUGUAUCAAAGAGACUUUACUGGGUUGACAGCCGGUUUGAUUACAUUGAGACUGUAACUUAUGAUGGGCUUCAAAGGAGAACAAUAGCUCAUGGAGGCUCACUGAUUCCUCAUCCGUAUGGAAUCACUUUAUUUGAACACAAUGUUUAUUUCACUGAUUGGACCAAAAUGGCAGUGGUGAAAGCUAACAAGUUUUCAGAAUCUAACCCUCAAGUGAUCUACCAGUCUUCACUGCGACCUUACGGAGUGACAGUUUACCAUGCUGCCAGACAGCCGUAUGUAAGAAAUCCUUGUGGAAGUAAUAAUGGGGGAUGUGAACAGAUCUGUGUUCUCAGCCACAAAACAGAUAACGACGGACUAGGUUAUCGCUGCAGGUGUAUACUGGGCUUUGAUCUACACGUAGAUGGACGACAUUGUGUUGCUGUGCAGCAGUUCCUGCUGUUUUCAUCCCAGCUGGCAGUGCGGGGGAUCCCAUUCAAUCUCUCCACCCAGGAAGAUGUGAUCAUACCUGUAACAGGGAGCCCUUCAUACUUUGUUGGAAUAGACUUCUGUGCUCAGGAUGACACCAUUUUUUUUUCAGACACAAGUAAAGACAUGAUCUAUAAACAGAAAACCGAUGGUUCAGGAAGAGAAAUCCUGACGGCUAAUAGAGUGGAAAGUGUUGAAGAUUUGGCCUUUGACUGGAUCUCAAAGAAUCUAUACUGGACAGACCCUCGAUACAGGAGCAUUACUGUGAUGAAGCUGGCAGAUAAAUCUAGGAGAGCUAUUGUUCAGAACUUAAAUAAUCCUCGAUCAAUAGUGGUUCAUCCUGUUAUUGGGUAUAUAUUCUGGACAGAUUGGUUCCGUCCUGCGAAAAUCAUGAGGGCCUGGAGUGAUGGAUCCCAUGCCUUGCCAAUUGUGAAUACAACGCUAGGCUGGCCUAAUGGCCUAGCCAUUGACUGGAGUUCUCUAAGGCUGUACUGGGUGGAUGCCUUUUUUGAUAAAAUUGAGCACAGCACCUUUGAUGGGCUGGACAGACGGACUCUUGAACGUGUUACUCAGAUGACUCACCCUUUUGGCCUUACUAUUUUUGGAGGUUAUGCCUAUUUCACUGAUUGGAGACUUGGUGGAAUAGUUCGGGUGAGGAAGUCUGAUGGAGGAGAAAUGACUAUUAUUAGGAGGGGCAUUAGUAACAUUAUGCAUGUUAAGGCAUACGAUGCUCAUUCCCAAAUAGGCUCUAACUACUGUAAUAGAGGAACAAAUCCCAAUGGAGACUGCAGCCAUUUCUGCUUCCCAGUACCAAAUUUUCAGAGAGUUUGUGGUUGUCCUUAUGGCAUGAAGCUGGCUUCAAAUCAACUGACAUGUGUUGAAGAUCCAUCCAAUGAGCCACCCACUUUGCAGUGUGGCUCCUACUCAUUUUCCUGUGGUAAUGGAAGAUGUGUGCCUCGAUACUAUCAGUGUGAUGGUGUUGAUGAUUGCCAUGAUAACAGUGAUGAACAAAACUGUGGUUCUUUAAAUAAUACUUGUGCUUCAUCAGCUUUUACCUGUGCCAGUGGACAGUGUAUUCCAGGUCGAUGGCGUUGUGAUAAACAUAACGACUGUUUUGAUGGCAGUGAUGAAUGGCAUUGUCCUACACAAGGACCCACUUCAUGCCCUGUAACCCUGUUCACCUGUGAUAAUAGAAGAUGUAUUCCUAGGAUCUGGCUAUGUGAUACUGAUAAUGACUGUGGUGAUGGGUCAGAUGAGAAAAACUGCACUUUCACAGGUACUUGUGAACCCAGGCAAUUUCAGUGUCCAGACCAUCGCUGCAUUGACCCAUUUUAUGUCUGCGAUGGAGACAAAGACUGUAUAGAUGGUGCUGAUGAGCGUGACUGCAUAUAUAACUGCAGUGCCACAGAGUUUAAAUGUCUAAGUGGGGACCAGUGUAUCAGCACUUACUACCAGUGUGAUGGUGUUUUUGACUGUAAUGAUCACUCAGAUGAGACUGAUUGCCCUACAAGACCACCAGGGAUGUGCCACCAGAAUGAAUUCCAAUGUCAAUCAGAUGGCAAUUGUGUUCCUGCUAACUGGGAAUGUGAUGGUCAUCUUGACUGUGCAGAUGGCUCAGAUGAACAUCAUAGAUGUCCUGCUAGGACCUGUCCUCCAUCUCUUUUCCACUGUGAUAAUGGCAACUGUGUCUAUCGAGCAUGGAUCUGUGAUGGUGAUAAUGACUGCAGGGAUAUGAGUGAUGAGAGAGAUUGUCCUACUCAACCCUUCCGGUGCCCCAGCUGGCAGUGGCAAUGUCCAGGUCACAGUAUCUGUGUGAAUCUGAGCAAAGUAUGUGAUAAUUAUGCCGAUUGUCCUAAUGGAGCUGAUGAAUCCCCACUGUGCAAUGAACCCCAGCCAGAUCAGGAGAGCUGCUCUGACAAUAAUGCUGGCUGCACUCAUGAAUGUAUUCAAGGACCUUUUGGAGCUCAGUGUACCUGUCCUAUUGGAUACCAGCUUGCAAAUGACUCCAAGACCUGUGAAGAUAUUAAUGAAUGUGACCCUCCAGGCUUUUGUAGUCAGCAUUGUUACAAUGAGAGAGGGUCUUUUAGAUGUUACUGUGAUGAAGGAUACAUUCUAGAAACCAAUGGGAAGACUUGUAAAGCAGCAGAGUCUGGGAAUCUUCUUUUGCUGGUGGCAAGUCGUAACCAAAUCGUUGUGGACAACAUCACCUCUCAGUCACACAGUAUUUAUUCUCUGGUUCGGGAUGGGAGGAAUAUUGUGGCUAUUGAUUUUGAUUCAAUCACAGAUCGUAUCUUUUGGUCUGAUACAACACAGGAUAAAAUUUGGAGUGCUUAUCAAAAUGGGACCGACCGAAAAAUAGUGUUUGACAGUGGUGUCACCGUGACUGAAAGUAUAGCGGUAGAUUGGGUAGGACGCAAUCUUUACUGGACAGACUUUGUUCUGGAAACAAUUGAAGUCUCUAAAAUGGAUGGGAGCCACAGGACUGUGCUGAUUAGUGAAAAUGUAACAAACCCAAGGGGACUAGUGUUAGAUCCCAGAAUUGAUGCUCAUGUAAUGUUCUGGACUGACUGGGGCCAAAACCCUCGAAUUGAAAAAGCUAGCAUGGAUGGCAAAAUGCGAACAGUGAUUAUUAACAAUAAAAUCUACUGGCCCAAUGGACUCUCCAUUGAUUACCCAAAUAAACUUCUCUAUUUUGCUGAUGCUUAUCUUGAUUAUAUUGAUUUUUGUGAUUACAAUGGAAACAACAGACGACAGGUGGUUGCAAGUGAUCUGAUAUUGCAGCAUCCACACGCUCUAACUGUGUUUGAAGAUUUUGUGUACUGGAGUGACCGCUAUACUAAUCGAGUAAUUCGGGCCAAUAAAUGGCAUGGAGGAAACCAGACAGUUAUGAUUUAUAACAUUCACCAGCCUUUGGGGCUUGUGGCAGUCCAUCCUGUAAAGCAACCUAACAGUAUCAAUUCUUGUGCAUCAUCCCCCUGUAGCCACCUCUGCUUGCUUUCUUCAUCUGGACCACUUUUUUUUUCCUGUGCUUGUCCUUCAGGGUGGAUGCUUUCUCCAGAUAACAGGAACUGCAUGAGAGUUGAACACCCUUUCCUUAUUGCUGUAAGAGAUAAUAUAAUUUACGGAAUUUCUCUGAACCCUGAGGAGAAGACGAAUGAUGCUAUGGUUCCAAUAGCAGGAGUACAAAAUGGUGUUGAUGUUGACUUUGAUGACUCCGAACAGAUGAUUUAUUGGGUUGAAAAUCCAGGUGAAAUUCACAGAGUGAGGUCAGAUGGAGCCAACAGGACAGUUUUUGCUCCAGCAGCUGUUAUUGGUGCUCCUAUUGGUCUGGCAUUGGACUGGAUAUCUGCAAACCUGUAUUACAGUAACCCAGGGACACAGUCAAUUGAGGUCCUGAAGCUGCAUGGUGAUGUAAUGUACAGGAAAACACUGAUUACCAAUGAUGGCACGUCUCUGGGAGCUGGCACGCCAAUUGGUUUGACAGUUGAUCCAGCAAGAGGGAAGCUGUACUGGACAGACCAGGGAACUGAUAGUGGAGUCCCAGCAAAGAUUUCCAGUGCAAACAUGGAUGGAUCAGGCAUACAAACCCUCUUCACUGGCAACCUUGACCAUGUAGAGUUCAUUACCAUUGACAUUAAGGAACAAAAGUUGUACUGGGCUGUCACAAGCACAGGAGUGAUUGAGAAAGGCAAUGUGGAUGGUACAAAUCGUGUGACUCUGGUGGUUCAUCUUUCUCAUCCAUGGGGAAUUGCUGUGUAUGAUACCUUUCUGUACUAUACUGAUCGAGAUUAUGAAGUUAUUGAACGAGUUGACAAGUCCACUGGAGCAAACAAAGUAGUACUGAGAGAUAAUGUCCCAAGACUGAAAUGCCUGCGUGUGUAUUACAGAGACAAUUCUGCUGGUUCCUCAAAUGGCUGCAGUAAUAAUAUUGGAGUUUGCCAGCAGCUUUGCCUGCCUGUGCCUGGUGGAUUAUUCUCCUGUGCCUGUGCUACUGGAUUUCAGCUAAAUCCUGAUAACAGAACCUGUUCCCCAUACAGUUCUUUUGUAAUUGUUUCUAUGCUUUCUGCAAUUAAAGGAUUUAGUUUGGAGACAUCUGAUCACUCUGAAGCCAUGGUACCACUGGCAGGAAGAGGACGAAAUGCACUUCAUGUGGAUGUUCACAUGCCUUCUGGUUUCAUUUACUGGUGUGACUUCAGUAGCACAGUUUCUUCUCAGAAUGCAAUACGUAAAAUUAAACCUGAUGGUUCUUAUUUUAGAAAUGUUGUUACAAAUGGCAUAGGACGAAAUGGGAUACGUGGCAUUGCAAUUGACUGGGUAGCAGGAAAUCUUUAUUUCACAAAUGCAUUCCUGACAGAGACUUUUAUAGAAGUUUUGCGUUUAAACACAACUUAUCGCCGUGUUCUGCUUAAAACUACCAUAGAUAUGCCAAGGCACAUAGUAGUUGACCCAAAAAAUAGAUAUCUGUUCUGGGCAGAUUAUGGACAAAAUCCAAAGAUUGAGCGUGCCUUUCUUGACUGCACCAACAGAACAGUUCUUGUGUCUGAGGGCAUUGUCACACCUCGUGGGUUGGCCAUAGAUCACAGCAAUGGCUACAUUUAUUGGGUGGAUGAUUCCUUAGAUAUGAUUGCAAGAAUUCAGCCUGAUGGUGGUGAUGUUGAAAUUGUGCGUUAUGGCAGUCGCUAUCCAACUCCAUAUGGUAUCACUGUCUUUGGAAAUUCUAUGAUCUGGGUGGAUCGGAACCUGAAAAAAGUCUUCCAAGCCAGCAAGGAGCCAGGCAAUACUGAUCAGCCAACAGUAAUACGAGACAACAUUAAUUGGCUAAGGGAUGUUACCAUUUACGACAGUCAUUUCCAGUCACGUUCACCCCUCGAUGUCAACAACAAUCCUUGUUUGGACAACAAUGGAGGCUGUUCUCAUCUGUGUUUUGCCCUGCCUGACAUGCAGACACCCAAAUGUGGUUGUGCCUUUGGAACACUAGGCAGUGAUGGCAAGAGGUGUUCCAUUUCAACGGAUGAUUACCUGAUUUUUGCUCUUGAGAAUGCCCUCAGAAGUAUCCAUCUAGAUCCUGAAAAUCACAGUCCUCCCUUCCGCACAGUCAAUGUGUUAAGAACUGCAGUGGCCCUGGAUUUUGACAGCAUAAACAACCGAAUAUAUUUUACUCAAAGUUAUCCUUCAGGGACAGGAAGAAUCAGUUAUGUUAGUAUUUACUCAGGAAUUGGCUCUCCAACAGUAGUUGCAUCUGACCUGGGGACUCCAGAUGGCAUAGCCUUUGACUGGAUCAACAACAGAGUUUACUACAGCGACUACCUCAAUCAGACUAUCAGCUCAAUGGCUGUGGAUGGAUCUAACCGCACAGUGAUUGCCCGGGUUCCACGACCAAGAGCCAUUGUAUUAGAUCCCUGCAGAGGGUAUAUGUACUGGACUGACUGGAGUUCAAAUGCAAAGAUAGAACGAGCUACACUUGGAGGAAACUUCAGAACACCUAUUGUGAGCACCAAUUUGAUAUGGCCAAAUGGGCUUACCCUGGACUAUGAAGAACAGCAGCUAUACUGGGCUGAUGCAAAUCUGCAGAAGAUUGAGCGAUGCACUCUCACUGGUACAAAUCGUGAGGUAAUUGUUAGCACUGCUUUGCAUCCAUUUGCGAUGACAUUGUUUGAUCAACACAUAUAUUGGACAGACUGGAACACGCGAAGCAUUUACCGAGCUAAUAAAUAUGAUGGUUCAGAUCAGAUUGUAAUGAUCAUGAAUCUUCCACAAAGACCAAUGGAUAUUCAUGUCUGGGCAAAAAGUAAGCAGCAGCAGUGUACCAAUCCUUGCAACCAGUUCAAUGGUGGCUGCAGUCACAUCUGUGCACCAG